AUGGUCACCACCCCGAUCCAACGAGACGACUCGGCUCACGCCGCUCUAGCCGCUCAUCGCCCCCAGCCGUACGCUGCAGGGCGCCACGCCACUGCGCCGCCCCUCCCAGCUGGCACUACAGCGCCCCCCUCCCCCCUCGCGCCGCUGCUCCUGUGCAGCCGCGCCGCCGCCGUGCCGUUUCCCCAUGCCGGCCGUCGCGUUCCACCGCCCUCCGCCGUCACCCCCGGCUACCCGUCCGCGUCCGUAGCCCGGCCGCCCGCUGAUGCUGCUGUUGCCGCCUGGCCGCGUCAUCAGUCGCCUGCCGCUCGCUGCCUCCCGGCCACGUCGUCUGCCUAUCUCCCGCCUGGCCGUCGUCGCCCAGGCGCCACCUCCAUGAGGCCGAUGCCUCUGUCGCCGCUGGCGCCGUAG